ACCAGGUACCCGAGGAGGAGAAGGAUGUGAUGAGGGACCAGGACCUAGCUGAGGCUCUGGACUCUGUAGGUGGGGAUGUGGACUCUGAGAAGGGAACCAUCAGUCAGGUCCAAGACCUCCCGCCCCCUCAGAAAGCCAAGCUUUGGAUGAUUGCUCUGAAUGUGGCGGGUAAAGGAGACAGCCUGUCCUCGUGGGAUGGCGCUAUGGACUUACCGGAACAGACGCUUAUACACGACCGAAGCCAGCAGCUGAUUGAUCAGCUGGGGCUGACGGCAGAGGAGGGCAGGGAUCUGGUGGGUGACGUGGAGGCGGUGAUCACCUUCUACUGCAAGUCGCGGAACGUGACGUUCACGGCCGAGCUCGGCUGGCCCGACCUGCUGAAACCCCUGCUGGGCCUUCAGCUCGCCCGCAGCGAUCUCUACAACUGCUUCUACGCCAUCAUGAAUAAAUACAUCCCCAGGGACUGUGUGCCCAAGGGUCGACCGUUCCACCUGUACAGACUCCUGCUGCAGUACCACGAGCCUGAACUCUGCUCCUUUUUGGACACCAAGAAAAUCACGCCGGACUCGUAUGCCAUGCAAUGGUUGGGCAGCCUGUUCUCCAGCCACAGUCUUCCUGAUGUCACCCAGGCCUUUUGGCACAUUUAUUUCCAGCAGGCCGAUCCCUUCCUCAUCUUCUUCCUCAUGCUCGUCAUUCUCGUUAACGCCAAAGACAUGAUUUUUGCCCAAGAAGGUGACAGUAAGGAGGAGCUCAUAAAAAUGUUGGAACAGUCCCCAAGCUCACUGGAAGCUAAUGACAUUGAGGAUCUGAUCUCACUGGCACAGUAUUACCAAAGCAAGACUCCCGUCUCGCUCAGAAAGGAGAACCAGAACCUGUUCGGCAGCAGUCUCGUGGCUCUGAAGGAGGAGGACAUGGACCUGAGUCAGGCUUUGUGUCUCCCUGUCUCUGUCCCCGAGAUUCUGCAGGCAAAUCAUCUUCAGUCGGAUGGAGUGCGCUUCUUUGUAGUGGACUGUCGACCAGCUGAGCAGUACAAUGCCGGGCACCUGUCCACUGCCUUUCACCUAGACUCAGAUCUGAUGCUGCACAAUCCAGCUGAGUUUGCGUUGUCUGUGAAGUCUCUGUUGGAGACUCAGAAGCAGUCUUUGGAGUCCGGUUCAGUGGCCAGUGGAGAACACUUGUGCUUUAUGGGUAGCGGGCGAGAGGAGGAGGACAUGUACAUGAACAUGGUGCUCGCCCACUUUCUGCAGAAAAACAAGGAGUUUGUCAGCAUAGCAAAAGGUGGAUUUAUGGCACUACAGCAGCACCUUGCAGACAUCAACGUCGAAGGACCAGACAAUAGCUACGUCCACUGGAUUGUGAGCACAUCAGGAUCCCACAGCAGCCUUAGCUCAGUAGAUGGGGACAUAAAUGGCACAGAUGGCAAAGGGGUCAAGUCCCUGGUUAACAAAAUGACCUUUGCCCUCAAAUCCAAGUCGGUUAAUGUGAAAGAGAAGGUGAUCAGCUUCAUUGAAAACACCUCGACGCCAGUGGACAGAAUAUCUUUCAAUCUGCCCUGGCCAGAGAAGGGGAUACCUGAUCGGCAUGUGAGCAGCAGUGACCGGGUGGGUAAACCCUACAGAGGCGUGAAGCCCGUCUUCAGCAUCGGCGACGAGGAGGAAUACGACACUGAUGAGAUCGACAGCUCUUCGAUGUCGGACGACGACCGCAAAGAAAUCGUCAACAUACAGACGUGGAUUAGCAAGCCAGAUGUGAAGCACCACUUUCCAUGUAACGAGGUGAAAGAGACUGGACACAUGUUCCCCAGCCACUUGCUGAUCACAGCGACACACAUGUACUGCCUGAGAGAGAUCGCUGCACGGAAAGGUUUCGCCUACAUCCAGUCCAGACAGGCCUUAAGCUCAGUGGUGAAAAUCACCUCGAAAAAGAAGCACCCGGAGCUGAUCACCUUCAAAUUCGGCAGCAACAACUCGGCCGGGGUGGAGAUUGUGGCUGUGGAAAGGUAUUUGAUCCCAAACGCCGGCGAUGCCACCAAAGCCAUUAAGCAGCAGAUUAUGAAGGUGCUGGAUGCCCUGGAGAGCUCGUAGAGACUCUGAUGCUUCACCCGUGUAUCGUCAGACUGCCGUGCGUCUCAGCACAUCAGUGCAGAGGGACAGGAGGGGGCGCUCUCUCCCCUCUCCUGAUUCCCUCUGUAUCACUUUACUGACCGGCAGUAUUACUGACCACACCCACAGGAGCUCACGGACACUCGGACGUCUUUAAAGGUUAGAACCUCGGUGUUUUGGUUCCAGUCCAGAAGAUUCACCCUGUAUGUGUCAGUUUAGUCUGAAUGGUUGUGAUGCUAAUCCACAGCUGGAGGGCAACACCACACCAGGACUAAAGACUCCAGAUUAGUUUUGCGUUUGUCUCGUUUAAUUUAUUAUAUACUCAUCGUUAAGCCUUUUAAUUGCUGCAGUAACAUUUAAAGACGAACUGAGCAGUAUUUAUGCCCGAGAGUUGAGACUACUGAUCGUUUAUAUACUGUUUAUCCAAAACAUCUGGAUCACGGUGGGGUACCAAACACCAAAUAAUGGUUAUAGCUCUAAUUGUAUGUUAACAAUAAGCCUGUUAACAGUCAUGCUUCAUCAGAAGUGCUUUAAGAGCCACUUAAACAAACCCAAAUAAACAAUACACUAAACAAAUCAACCGUCUUAAGGAUUCUUUAAAGAAAGUAAGCAACACUAUAUGGACAUUCCUUCUAAUUUAGGAUUUUAAGAGUUUCAGGUGUAAAAAAAGGUCUUAAAAAAUAAAAAAACUCAUGUCUCCAACUUUGUGGCAAUUAUUUGGGGAAGGGCCUUUCCUGUUCUGGCCUGAAUCUACCCCGUGUGUAAAGAUGUGGUUUGACUUGGUUUGACGGCCUGCACAGAGCCCUGACUUUACCCCCGCUGUUGUACACCUUAGUAAUCGGUUGGAAUGUUAAUUGUGUCCAGCAUCGGUGCCUGCCCUCAAAAAAUCUCUUUAGACUAAAUUGGCACAGAGCCCCACAGACACACUCCAAAACAUGCUAUAGCUGCAAAUCACCUGAAUUCUCAAAUGUAUGGUCUGACCUUUAUCAUAAUAAAAUAAUAAUUACUGACAUAGCAAUCUAACAAAAUGUUUGAUUCAUUGCUUACACAGAUCAGGGGGGCGCCUACAAGAACAACGAUUGGUUUGUUGUUCAAGGGUGGAUGUCUGAAAGGAUUCCUCAUAACUGCUGCAAUUGCGACCUCUGCUGGCUGGUUGAUGGUGCUGCACAGAGUCGAGGACUAAUGCGUUGAUCAGGGUGUGGCUCUCCGUACACAAAGCUGAUCCGCAUAUGAACUCGCCUCGUGCAUGUGAAAAGAUGCGGCCGGCUACCGCACACGUGUCGGAGGGGGCGUGUGUCAGUUACGGCUCUCCUCAACCAGGGUGGAGGUCAACAUCAGUAGAGAGGAAGCACAAUCCAAUUUAGUCGUAUCCAAUUACCCUGAUUGCGAUUUUGCUCUGUUAACGACCGGCCGGGCAAAACGACUUACAAUACUGUGACAGUAUACAGUCUGAGCAAUUAAAGGUUAAGGGUCUUGCUAAAGAGCCCAACAGCAGCAACCUGGCGGUGGUGGGGCUUGAACCGACGACCUUCUGGUUACUAUUCCAGUACUUUAACCACUAGGCUACAGCUGCAAUGUUCAACGGUUAAUGACAGGCUGGUCCGAGGGAGGCAGGGUCGUAUGGAUUCCUCAUAAGUGCUGCAGUUACGACCUCUGCUGGCUGAUCGAGGGCGCUGCACAGAGACGGGGGAUAAUGGACUCUCCGUGCACGAUACGGAUCUCCGCAUGUACCCACAUCGUGCACACGUGUCUGAGAGGGUCUGCAGCAGUAAAGGAAGUAAAAUGCGAUCUGGGAAUUGGAUACGACUACAUAUAAAGAAAAUUGAGGGGAAAACUGUUAAAAAAAUUGUAAUAAGAGUGUGUUUACAUGCACACGAAUGAUUUCCUGAUUCUACCACCACACUGCUGUGUCUCCAAACUAUGUCGAAAUAGUACAGAUACCAUCAUCAUGUGAUCCUCUCUAUCCUUCCUAAACGAAACCCCAAUUUGUGCUCCUUUACCAGUCUGACCAGUCUGGAGAAACAUACUGUACUCAUCGAACUGCACAACGCUCCAUGUGAUGCACAUUUUUAGUCGCUUUUUAUGUAAAUCAUUCAUAAACCAUGCCUAACCCAUCGCCGUUUCUCUCGCACGUCUGUCUGUGCUUGCAGCCUCGUGCUUUACAGGCCGAAUCAUUUUGUAUAUACUGUAAAACUGUAUGUAACGUGAGCUUUGAGAAAAUGUAUUUAUGAACGAACACUGAAAAUGCCAAUCCCUGUUGAUUUGGGCUCCCUCGAGUCGAGCAAGGACGAUAUUCUGUUAAGUAUUUAACGUUAACGGCACUGUUUUAACGAGCAGCAUCGCACCAGUGUGAUAACUGACCGACGAUAUAUCAUCAUUACUCAUUAUAAAACACACUUUUCUGUUUGGGAACUGAACUGUAGGACGUGCUAAGACGUGAUUUGUUAAUAUUAUCUAAUGAAUGAACUGUUUGAUUUGUGGUUUCAUCAUUUUCUUUCAUGUUCUCUCCAUAAAUCUUGGCUUUUGAGCUGCUCUGUUUAAACCGCACUAUCGUUUAUCGUUCUUUGUAAAUUCUUUCCUUUUAAUAAAUUUACAAAUAGUCUAAA